AUGUCAUCAAUAAUUGGGUUUCUGGUUUUAAUAGCAGCGGGAUUGAUUCAUUCAGUGCCAAUUACGCAGGAAUCUUGUACUGUUGAAAUACUUAAUUCUCCACUACCAUGCUGGACUGGCAUUACUUCACCUCGUACAUGCAAAUCGGCAAUCCUAAAUUUACAUGAUACAAAAUUCCAGUCAUGUACUACAGUUGGUCUUGGUUGGUGGUCUGGUUCAACGAAUAAUUUAACCAUAAGUAUUGAAACACCAUUUACACGAGAAUGUCAAUCAUAUUCGAUCCGUCUUAAUAAUGAACAACUCAAACAAUUCAAAGAUUAUGUUGUAAGAAUUUAUCGAAUAUUGAACAGUCAAGAAACUCAAUUAAUAUCAUCUGAUGGUGUUAUUGUACAAAAUUCGGAUUCAAAUUAUCAAAUUAUAUUAAAAUUUCAAGGUCCAACAAUGUACAACUUAUUACCUAUCAUUUAUGAAGUUGUUAAAAUAUAA